AUGCAAGUCCUUCUCCUCGGCGGUCACGGCAAAGUCGCCCUGCACCUUACACCUCUUCUCCUCAAACGCGCUUGGAACGUGACCAGCGUAGUUCGCAACCCCGCCCAUGAAAGCGAGAUUCUAGCUCUAGGCCAGGGACUCAAGGGAAAACUCAAUGUCCUUGUCUCGAGUCUAGAAGAUGUAAAGAGCGCCUCGGAUGCCCAGAAGAUCAUUGAUACAGUCUCACCUGACUAUGUGGUCUGGUCGGCCGGCGCCGGAGGCAAGGGUGGACCCUCAAGUACCAUUGCCAUCGACCAAGAAGCCGCCAAGCACUUCUUGACAGCUUCUUUCGCCUCAACUGGCGUCAGUAAAUUCCUCAUGGUCUCCUACCUCGGAAGUCGAAAGACCCAGCCGUCAUGGAUGCCGGAUAGUGAGUGGGCGGGUGUUGUAAAGACCAACACCGAAGUUCUCCCCACAUACGCCAAAGCCAAACAAGAAGCCGACGAAUAUAUGACUGCGCUGGCGGCGCAGCGAAAGCGGGAUCCCGUAGCUUCGAAACGCCCAUUCCAGGCUAUCAAUUUGCGUCCGGGUAUUCUGAAGGAUGACCCUGCGACGCGGAAGGUUGAGCUGGGCAUCACGCCUAAGGGACGCGGUAGCGUUACUAGGGAAGAUGUUGCCAUUGUUGCGGAUCAGUUGCUUGCGCGGGAAGAUACGGAAGGCUGGAUUGAUCUUGUGAAUGGGGAUGAGCCUGUUGAAGAGGCCGUUGAAAGAGUUGCAAAGGAGAAGGUCGAUGCUGUGCAGGGAGAGGAUGUUGAGGGCAUGGUCAAGAGGUUUUUUCCUUAA